AUGGUCUUCGGCAACCCCAAACAGCGCACAGUGGACUAUCCGUUGCAGUCACCCCCAUUGAACUGGGAACAGCGCCCUAAGAUCUCAAUAACGGUGACGUCGCAGGCCACUCGGCCGAUCACCAUCUUCACCUGGCCCACGAUCUUCCACCUCAGCCUCGCCCAGAGCCGCGACAACUUCACCUGUCUAGAUUUGACAACCGAGUCUGCCAUGCGGCUAUCAACAACAAGAGGCCCCCAGCGCCAGCCAUUUUCGCGUACGAAAGGGCACUCAGACGAGCAGUAUUUCUGCACGCUCGAUCCGGGCGUGCCAGUGAUCUUUAGCGGUGGGCUGCGUGUCGCGAGCUCAGUGGCGGGCGGGCUGCAGGCGGGCCAUAGGUAUCGGUAUGGGGUGCAAGAGGGUGAGCAGGUCCAAUGGUGGAGAUGGGGGAGAAAAGAUGGUGUGUUGGCGCCGUCAGGGCAGAUCGAGGAUUUGGAUGAUCCGGAUGGUGAGCCCAUCAUGAUUUCAGCCGAGCCAGUAGAGUUUGAGGUGAAGUAA